AGAGCAUGUUAGAAUACAAGCUUUUUGUUCUGUAACUAAAAACCAUUCAGAUAAUUUCAGCAAGACUAAACUUCCAAAAAAAAGAAAAACGGAUUUGAAUCAAAAUAUGGGUGAAAAACAUAAGAACUAGAACGAAAAAAACAACAACAACUCCAGGCUUUGUACUUUAUACAAUCAUGAAAUUGAAGUUAAUCAGGUUAACUGGACUGAUUCUUCCUCUCAUUUACGGAGUCUUCUCCAAUGUCCAGUCUGACAUCCCGCAUGUGAAAAGGAAACUUGGAGAUUCUUUCAUUUUUCCAGAAAAGACUCCUCAGAAUGGAUUUCUCAGAUAUGGCCACAGUGUUUCAUUAUCAACUGUAGCGCUAAUAUCUAAUUGGAACAUAAGUCAAAUGUAUACGGAUGAAUUCUCAGGACGCCUACAAGUGGACAUUGAUGACCGCACCUUGGCAAUCACUGACCUGCGACUUGAGGACAGUGGGAUUUACCAGUUGGAGGCCUUAACAGGAGUCAAGUUUACCAAGAGUUACAAUUUAACUGUAUAUGUGCCUGUGUCACCACCUAAAGUGAGUUCUGUCCCAUCUGAAAAUGGCAGCUGCAGCCUCUUCUGCUCAGUGGAAAAUGACACACAAGUCACCGUGUUCUGGCAGAAAGGAGGCAAUUCCAGGAUACUGCUGCUGGAAAAGCAAGAGGCUGAUAAGCAGUACACGUGUGUGGCAGAGAACUCCUUCAGUCAGGAAAACAUAACGGUCACAACAGAGGAGAUGUGUGGAUGGAAAGAUGAAGAUGGUGAAAAUGUUCAACCAAGGAGUCAUUAUAUCAUCUCUACAGUAAUAGCUGCAGCUUGCAUCCUUAUAGCCAUUGUACUGAUUGUUUGUCUGAGACGGAAAUUGUUGCAGAAAGAAGGUUCAACAAGAUCCAGAAAUGGUGAUGAUUUACAAUAUGCAGAGGUUAUUCUCCACGAACGAGGGUCCAAGCAGCAGAACCUACGAGAACUGGGUGCAAGUCAGGAAACAAAGUCGAAACUGACAACGGUCUACGGCAAGAUCUCCUAUGCUCCACCACUCACAGAAUGAAGGCCUUGUGGUGGUCUUGCUUUGCUUAUCGUAAAGUAGCCUGAGCCACGCUGGUGGACUGUUACACUGAGGCCAGCAAAGGUGACUACAUCUGCUGUGUUGUCUGCAAAGGAAAAAGCCAAGAACUGGAAAGAAAAGAAGAGGUGGAAGUUUAUAUAAUGAAGGAUUUUAAAUGUAUUGACCGAGUGUGCAGAAUGUCCCACACUACUUCGCUGUAGAUUAUAUAUUUUUUUAUAUUAUUUAUCCAUUACUUACUGGUUGUGAAUGCAGGCUCAUGUUAUUCAUCCAUCCAUCCCGCUAUAUCCUAACUACAGGGUCACGGGCGUCUGCUGGAGCCAAUCCCACCAAAACACAGCGCGCAAGGCAGGAAACAAACCCUGGGCAGGGCGCCAGCCCACCACAGGGCAUGCACACGGGACAAUUUAGGAUCGCCAAUGCACCUAAGCUGCAUGUCUUUGGACUGUGGGAGGAAACCCACUCAGACACGGGGAGAACAUGCAAACUUCACACAGGGAGGACCCAGGAAGCAAACCCAGGUCUCCUAACUGCGAGGCAGCAACGCUACCCACUGCACCACCCUCAUGUUAUUAUGUUAUGUUAUUACACAGCUAAAGUGGAAUGAAUGCUUUAUUUUUUAAAUGCCUUAAAGGAAUACUCCACCCAAAAAUUAUAUUUUUUUUUACAUGUUACUUACCCAUGUAGUUUGCAGUGGUGGCCGAGAAA